AUGCAGCGGGAGCCUCCUCGGAGGAUGCGCCCCGCGCCGUUGGCCCCAGAAGGGGGAGCAGCUGGGAUCUCCGCAAGGACUCCGCGGGCAGGUCGGUCCAGCGCCGUAGGGGUUAACGUGGGUCCGCGCCGGGCGGCCGGGGGCGAGCGGGGGCUGCGCGGCUGCUUCUUCUCCGGCACCGUGAAUGGGGAGCCCGAGUCGCUGGCAGCGGUCAGCCUGUGCCGCGGGCUGAGCGGCUCCUUCCUGCUGGACGGCGAGGAGUUCACCAUCCAGCCACAGGGCGCCGGCGGCUCGCUGGAUCAACCGCACCGCCUGCAGCGCUGGGGCCCCGGGGCGCGCCCCCUCCCUCGAGGACCCCGGUGGGAGGUGGACACGGGAGAGGGUCAGAGGCGGCAGAGGGGAGACGACGAUGAGCCGGAGGAGGAGAGCGAAGAGGAGGAGGGCGCAGAAGAGGCAGAAGGCGCUAGCGAGCUGCCACCACCCCUGGGGGCCACGAGUAGGACCAGACGGUUUGUGUCUGAGGCUCGCUUCGUGGAAACGCUGCUGGUGGCCGAUGCGUCCAUGGCCGCCUUCUACGGGGCCGACCUGCAGAACCACAUCCUGACACUGAUGUCUGUGGCAGCCCGGAUCUAUAAGCACCCCAGCAUCAAGAACGCCAUCAACCUGAUGGUAGUAAAAGUGCUGAUAGUAGAAGAGGAAAAGUGGGGCCCCGAGGUGUCUGACAAUGGAGGACUUACACUGCGCAACUUCUGCAACUGGCAGCGGCGCUUCAACCAGCCCAGCGACCGCCACCCAGAGCACUACGACACGGCCAUCCUGCUCACCAGACAGAACUUCUGUGGGCAGGAGGGGCUGUGUGACACCCUGGGUGUGGCGGACAUCGGCACCAUCUGCGACCCCAACAAGAGCUGCUCCGUGAUCGAGGAUGAGGGGCUCCAGGCAGCCCACACUCUAGCCCAUGAACUAGGGCACGUCCUCAGCAUGCCCCAUGACGACUCCAAGCCCUGCACACGGCUCUUCGGGCCCAUGGGCAAGCACCACAUGAUGGCGCCACUCUUCGUCCACCUAAACAAGACGCUGCCCUGGUCCCCCUGCAGUGCCAUGUACCUCACAGAGCUCCUGGAUGGCGGGCACGGAGACUGUCUCCUAGACGCCCCCACCGCGGCCCUGCCUCUCCCCACAGACCUUCCAGGCCGCAAGGCCCUCUAUGAGCUGGACCAACAGUGUAAACAGAUCUUUGGGCUGGGUUUCCGCCACUGCCCCAACACCUCUGCACAGGACAUCUGCACCCAGCUCUGGUGCCACACCGAGGGGGCCGAGUCCCUCUGCCACACGAAGAAUGACAGCCUGCCCUGGGCUGACGGCACGCCCUGUGGACCAGGGCACCUCUGCUUAGAAGGCAGCUGUCUGCCUGAGGAGGAAGUGGAGAGGCCCAAGGCCGUGGUAGAUGGAGGCUGGGCCCCAUGGGGACCCUGGGGAGAAUGUUCUCGGACCUGCGGAGGAGGAGUGCAGUUCUCACACCGUGAGUGCAAGGACCCUGAGCCUCAGAAUGGAGGAAGAUACUGCCUGGGUCAGAGAGCCAAGUACCAGUCAUGUCACACAGAGGAAUGCCCUGCUGACGGGAAAAGCUUCAGGGAGCAGCAGUGUGAGAAGUACAAUGCCUACAAUUACACUGACAUGGAUGGGAAUCUCCUGCAGUGGGUCCCCAAGUAUGCUGGGGUGUCCCCCCGGGACCGCUGCAAGUUGUUCUGCCGGGCCCGAGGGAGGAGUGAGUUCAAAGUGUUCGAGGCCAAGGUAAUCGACGGUACCCUGUGUGGGCCAGAGACUCUGGCCAUCUGCAUCCGUGGCCAGUGUGUCAAGGCUGGUUGUGACCAUGUGGUGGACUCGCCUAGGAAGUUGGACAAAUGUGGAGUGUGUGGGGGCAAAGGCAACUCAUGCAGGAAGGUCUCCGGUUCCCUCACCCUUUCAAGUUGUGGCUACAAUGACAUUGUCACCAUCCCAGCUGGUGCCACUAACAUUGACGUGAAACAGCGGAGUCAUCCAGGCGUCCAGAAUGAUGGGAACUAUCUGGCACUGAAGACUGCCGACGGGCAGUACCUGCUGAAUGGCAACCUGGCCAUCUCUGCCAUAGAGCAGGACAUCUUGGUGAAGGGGACCAUCCUGAAGUACAGCGGCUCCAUCGCUACCCUGGAGCGACUGCAGAGCUUCCGGCCCCUGCCGGAGCCUCUGACUGUGCAGCUCCUGAGGGUCUCCGAUGAGGCCUUCCAAGCAAAAGUCAAAUAUACCUUCUUUGUUCCUAAUGACGUGGACUUCAGUGUACAGAACAGCAAAGAGAGAGCAACCACCAACAUCAUCCAGCCGCUGCUCCUCUCACAGUGGGUGCUGGGGGACUGGUCUGAGUGCUCCAGCACCUGCGGAGCUGGCUGGCAGCGAAGAACUGUUGAGUGCAAGGACCCCUCUGGCCAGACCUCUGCCACCUGCAACAAGGCCCUGAAACCUGAGGAUGCCAAGCCCUGUGGAAGCCAGCCAUGCCCUCUGUGAUCCAGUGGGGUGGGGGUCAGUCUUGUGCUCCUAGAUGUGGGGUGCUGGGGUGCAGACAAGGGUCCCCACUGUGGUGACCCUGCAUAUCACGGUGACAUGCAUACUCAGUCCUCCCAUUGCCACAGUCCCUCGGGUACUGCAUGAAUUCAUAAGGGGGAGGAGGAGAGGAGAUGGGACAAGAGAUCCCAUCAUCAACUGUCUAGUGGACUAGACAUUCCUCUGGUUCAAGUGGAGGGCAUAGGCUAAAAGGUAAAAGUGCACUAUUGACCUAAACAGGACACUCAGAGUCAGCCUGUUUGCAAAGGACUAGCAAGGUUAAAGGAGAAAAAUUUUCUUUUGUAUCUGGUUCCCCGAUAAAUAAUCUACCUCAGAGGGGAAAAAUAUUAGUAUGAGAGAGGUAUGGGGCAGGAACUCAAUGGUGAAUGUCAAAGCAAGCUCCAUAGCUGCGCCCCGAGCUGUCUUCAGAAAUGACCGUGACUGUCUUCAGUGUUCAGAUUCAUCGCCUGAAGGGCUGCAUGUUGCAGGCUUGUGGAGAGCCACAUGUUCUCAGGCUGCCACCUGCAGGGUGGACCUAUUUCAAGUAUUUAUGCAAAUGUGUCUCUGAACUAAAGUGUGAUCUUAUGCCAA